ACAGUGAGCUCUUUCGUUUGAAGGAGGAAUAAUUGUUUUGGUUGAAAAUUUCUUCCUAUUUACAUUUACAAGGAAUCAGCAGAAACCAAGGAGUUUACAGGUUGAAUAAACAUAAUGUACCAUAAGGGGGGUGAAGGGAAAACCAAAGGGUUUGGUUUUCAAAGUUUUUCAGUUGGCAGUAGUAAGAAAGAUGAACACAGUAUUGGUUCAGACUUGGCUGGGUUAGGUAUGGCCCCACAGAAUACAUCAUCUAAGUCUAUGCCAGGUCGAUCAUUUGGAUAUCAUACAAAUCUUGGUAAAAAGAGGGCAAAUAAUGAAGAUGAAUAUUUUGACCAGGAAGAUGAAGAAGAAAAUUUAGAAUAUCAACCUGCUCCAGGUAGCCCAGGGGCUGAUAGCAAAAACAAAAAAGAUGACAGUGACAGUGAUGAUCCUUUAGAUGCCUUUAUGGCUGAUAUUGAGAAAGAGGUUCAUGAACAGACAGAAGAAGAACCAAGGCCAAAACACAAAAAGCAAGAAAAGGAAAUCCGAGAUGACAUAGAACAGGAGGAUGUUCAGGAAUCGUUCUUCAGAUAUAUGGAGGAGAAUCCUAAUGCUGGUGUGAUCCAUGACGAGGAUGAUGAUGUGGAAUAUGAUGAAGAUGGAAAUCCAAUUCUCAAACAUAAGAUGAUAGAUCCUUUACCACCCAUUGAUCAUUCAGAAAUAGAUUAUGAAGAUUUUGAGAAGAAUUUUUAUGAAGAACAUGAAGAGGUUUCUAAAUUAACUGAUGCACAGGUCGCAGAGUUAAGAAAGAAACUUGAUAUCAGGGUAUCAGGAUUUUCUGUCCCAAAACCAGUAUGUAGUUUUGCUCACUUUAACUUUGAUGAAGCAUUGAUGUCAGUGAUAAGGAAGUUAGAAUAUACACAACCGACACCAAUACAAUCACAGGGGGUGCCGAUAGGAUUGAAUGGGAGAGAUAUAAUAGGUAUAGCUAAGACAGGAAGUGGUAAAACAGCAGCUUAUCUUUGGCCAAUGUUAAUACAUAUAAUGCUUCAGAGAGAAUUAGAACCAGGAGAUGGUCCUAUAGGAUUAAUACUGGCACCUACUAGAGAAUUAUCACAACAGAUUUACACUGAAGUGAAGAAAUUUGGAAAAGGAUACAAUAUACAAGUGGUGUGUGCCUAUGGAGGAGGUAGUAUGUGGGAGCAGACUAAAGGUUGUCAAGCUGGGGCAGAAAUCAUUGUUGCUACUCCUGGAAGAUUGAUAGAUCUGAUAAAAAAGAAGGCAACAAAUCUUCAGCGUGUUACAUAUCUAGUAUUUGAUGAAGCAGAUAGAAUGUUUGAUAUGGGCUUUGAACCACAAGUAAGAUCCAUAGCUAACCAUGUCAGACCAGACAGACAGACUUUACUUUUCAGUGCAACAUUCAGGAAGAGGGUAGAAAAAUUAGCCAGAGAUAUAUUGAUAGAUCCAUGUAGAGUUGUACAAGGCGAAGCAGGCGAGGCUAAUGAAGACAUUACACAAAUUGUAGAAGUUUUACCAAUUGGACCUGCAAAAUGGACCUGGUUGAUAAAAAGGCUUGUUGAAUUUACUAGUAUGGGUAGUGUUUUGAUUUUUGUGACUAGGAAGAAAAAUGCAGAGGAAUUAACAACAAAUUUAAAAGCCAGAGAUUUUAAAAUUGGUUUAUUACAUGGUGAUAUGACACAGCAGGAAAGAAAUGAAGUCAUUACAACAUUUAAAAAGAAAGAACUACCAGUUAUGGUAGCCACUGAUGUUGCAGCUCGAGGUUUAGAUAUUCCAUCCAUUAAGACAGUAGUUAAUUAUGAUGUAGCUAGAGAUAUAGAUACUCAUACUCAUCGCAUUGGUAGAACAGGCAGAGCAGGAGAAAAGGGUUUUGCUUACACCUUAGUAACAGAGAAAGAUAAAGAUUUUGCUGGUAGUUUAGUACGGCAUUUAGAAGUUGCCAGCCAAUUUGUACCUAAAACCCUUAUUGACAUUGCAAAUAAAAGUACCUGGUUCAAGAAGAGUAGAUUCAAACAUGAGAAAGGGAAAAAAUUCAAACUUCAAACAGGAAAAGGACUUGGUAUGAAAGAGAGGCCUGGUCUCGGAGCUGAAAAUAGCACUAGAACUCAGGAUUCCACAAGUUUAAGUAGUUUUAGAGGUAUUGGUAGUUCUGCAAGUACAUCAUCAGAGAGAAUAGCUGCCAUGAAACAAGCAUUUGGAGCACAGUUCAGGGCCAAUUUUGUAUCAGCUUCCAUAGAUGGAGUCCCAUCAAGAAUUGGUGGUGGACUAGAAGACCCAGUAGCUAAUAAGAAACGCAAAAAAUCAAGAUGGGAAUAAGAAUAUUAUUUACUGUUGGAUAUUUUAAUAUUUUUAGACAAUAUAAUUGAGAGAAGAUCAUAAAUUCAGAUUUUGUAGUUAACUGACACACAAAGUACAAUGUAUGUGAAAUGUGAGCCAAAAAACUUUAAAUAUUUGGGUUGUAUUUAUUGUAGUUAAUAUUUUGCUCAUUGAAAUUUACUUGAGAAUGAAAGUUCAUUGUUAUAAGAGAAUAACUAAAAAAUAAAAAGUUGUUUUGUUUGGCAA